AUGUUUACACAAGUGACUUUAAAACCCAAACCACAAACUUUCCACAACUCGCAAAGAAGGAAAUUGACGGUGGAGAAAGAAAAAGAUGAGAUGAGGCAGAUAGCAAAGGAUUUUAAGGAGAAGAAUUCAGUAUUGUACAUAAGUUUUGGGAGCCUAGCGUCCCCGGAAGAGGCAGAACUGAAAGAGAUGGCUUGGGGUCUUUCUAACAGCAACCAACCAUUCUUGUGGGUAAUAAGGCCUGGUUCGGUAAAUGGUUCAGAGUGGAUUGAGUUUUUGCCCCAAGGUUUUGCAGAAGCCACUGGUGAAAGAGGCUUUAUUGUAAAAUGGGCGCCCCAGAAGAGCCAUUGUGGCUGGAACUUAACACUUGAAAGUAUAGCGGAAGGGAUUCCAAUGAUAUGCAAACCAUGCAUCGGAGAUCAAAUGGUGAAUGCCAAGUAUGCGAGUAAUGUGUGGAAAAUAGGCCUGCAUAUGGAGAACAGUUUGGAAAGGGAAGAGGUGGAAAUAGCCUUAAGACGACUAAUGGUGGACAAGGAAGGCAAUGAAAUGAGGCAGAGAGCAAUGGAUUUGAAGAAGAAGAUUGAACAAUCUGUUGGGAUUGGUGGUUCUUCCAACAAUCAUUUGAUAUAUUUCAACACCCCUUCCUUUAUCACUGUUAUUCACACUAUAGGCAGAUAUAAAAGUAAGAACUUUUUUCUUGGACACUCGAGCCACUAA